AUUUUCUUCUACGAGGACAAGAACUUCCAGGGCCGCUCCUUUGAAUGCAGCAGCGACUGUCCUGAGCUCAGCUCUCACUUCAACCGCUGCAACUCCAUUCGAGUGGAUGGUGGGACCUGGGUCAUCUAUGAGAGACCCCAGUAUAUGGGCUACCAGUACAUACUGUUUAAAGGGGAAUACCCCGUCUUCCAAAGUUGGAACGGCUUCAAUGACACCAUCCGUUCCUGUCGCCUCAUCAGACAUCCACCCAGUAGGUGCAGGAUCCGCAUCUAUGAACGUCCAGACUUCAGCGGUCAGAUGAUGGAGUUCAGCGAAGACCUCUCUGACCUGCAGGAUCGCUGGCGCCAGCAAGAAGUCCACUCAGCCCACGUCCAAGACGGGCUCUGGAUCUUCUACGAGAAUCCAAGCUACAGGGGACGGCAGUACCUGCUGGAAAAAGGUGAAUACAAGCGCCAUUCGGAGUGGGGGGCCCUCCAUCCGGCGGUAGGCUCCAUUCGACGUGUCGUGGACUUAUAGGCCUCCUCUUCAGCUGUGUGAUUCCCUUCUCUUAUCUUUCACUUCUAAACCUUCAUACUAAUAAAAUAUAGACAAACUGCAACAGAA